AUGGGAAGGGGCCAGGAGCUUUUAAACGCCGCCCGCGAAGGCGACAAGCGGACAGUGGAAAAAAUACUUGGCCAAAUAACUAAUAUAAGUGGUCCAUUUACAAGCUUGCGUCGAGGUGCGGGUGUGAAUGUACAGGAUGAUAACGGUUAUACACCUCUUCAUCAAGCAUGUUUGAAUGGACAUCGAGAGAUAGUCCGCGUCCUACUGUCAGUAGGCGCGAAUCCUGGCAUAGUAGACAAGAAAGGCGCUACGCCCCUUCACCUGGCCGCGUUCAACGGUGACACCGACGUCUGCUGGAUGCUCCUUGCUCAUAACCCUCCUGUUAACAUUGAUCAGCUGACAUCAGACCACGAAACCGCACUACUUAUAGCCGCCCAAUUUGGCUUCGUAAAUGUGGUCGGCCAGCUGAUAUCAAGAGGAGCUGAUGUCACCAUCAAGAACAAUAACGAUGAAAGCGCACUGGACCUUGCAGCGCAGUACGGCAGAUUGGCGGUGGUGCAGCAUUUACUACAGGUGCGACCACAACUGGUCGACCAGUACAGAUACCCCGCCUGCCGUAACGUGAUCUUCACAUCAACCCCUCUACAUCGUGCCAGCAAAAAUGGAAGGAAGGACGUGGUAACGGCUCUAAUAGACGCUGGCAUGGACCCAAACGUCAGAACCCACAGCGGUACACCUCUCCACGAAGCAGCUCGCUUCGGAAAACCCUCAGUGGUUCGCAUACUCCUCAACAAGGGAGCUGAUCUCCAUGCUCAAGACUCCUCAAGGAAGACAGUCUACGACCUUCUAGCUGAAUAUCCUGAAGAAGCUACAAGAAAAGUUAGGAAAGUGAUUCGAGGUAUGUUCCAAGCAGAAUAUGAAAACCUCAUGGGGAAUUUCGACAGCGACAAAGAAUUGCCUCCGUUCCCCGUCCAGGACUACAGCCCCGACGCCGUAAUGUCUACUCAUAUUUUAAAACCCCCUGCUAUAGUGCUUGAUCCAAAAACACCCGCUUCUCCAAAUAACAAUGAUAGGAAAAAAAUAUCUGUAACUAACGCUCAAUCUAAAACACCACCACCAGAGCCCCGUUUCAAAGGGCAUACUAAAUCAAUUGUCAACCAUACUAUCAAUGUUGAUAUGAGACAAAGAAGCGAGAGUUUUGAUCUCAAAGCUAGAAACAAUAAACAAUUUAAAAUCAUUGGCAAUGCAAUAUCUUCUGAAACUGCAUGUACUGAAUUAUUGGAAAAUCAAAAUCAACUUAUAAGUGAAUUUAAAUCACGAAACAAAUCAAAAGCUGAAGCUGAUUCGGGAUCUGAAAAGGAAGACAACGCUGUAUCGCCCGUAGAACGACGAAUCGAUCUCGGUAAACAAAACGUCCAAAGAGUAACCACUAUUGAACAAACAAGUAAAACUGUAACUACAGGUUCAGUCCAAUUAAAUAACACCAGCAGUGCACCUAAAAAAGUAUUACCCACACCUACUCCAAAGCCGAUAGCUUAUGUGUCUAAGUUUAUACCUGAACCUGAUGAAGACCACAUUGAUUCAAUUUAUGCUAACAGCUGCGUUAAAGUAGAGGAUUAUCCUAAAUGUGAAGCAAUUGAAGACAACAUAUACGAAAAUGUUAGUAGAAAUCUAACGGAAGAUGAUGACACAAAUCCGGAAUACGAUGGCCCUAAAACUGAUUAUGUAAUUAUGGAUAAAUUUAAUCAUCAACAAUUUCAUAGAAGUGCAACAAUAUCGGGAAGUGUAGCAAAGUAUGAAAUAUUUUCUAAAACUACGGAAAACUUUGAAACUGGUUCAGAGGGUAAUUAUGAAGACUAUGUUUCAAUGAGUGGUACGCAGCAUAACGAGAAAUCAUUGUCUGUUCAACUCAACAAAACUGAUCUCGUUCAUCUUAGGGGUGACAUUGGAUGCAUUUAUGAGCCACCUGAGUAUUUAUAUAUUUACGAAAUAAAUCCACAAACGUACCGAGGAAACGUUCAUCCUUUUACUAAGAAGAAACAGAAAGCUAAGCCGAUGCCUUGUUAUUGUCACGAAGAUCCAGACAGAGAAGAGAAAAUUAGAGAAAGAAUAAACCGUGCUCGCCACUCAGACGGUAGCCAACUACUGUAUCAUAGCUGUCAAGAUAUUUACGUUGCCAUGAAAAGUAAAGAGGGAAUUUAUUCUUCUUUAAAUGAUUUGUCGACAGAUAGAGACAUUGGUUCUAAUGAGCGCAUCGACGUUAACGAUGCAAGUGUUGUACAGAGGUAUGAUAAUAAUGAAAACAAUGAAAGUAAUGAGAACAUCGAAUCAAACCAAGAUCAGACCAGAGUAACAGGAAUACUUAAAAAGAAAAUGACUCACUUUAAACAACUUUUUGUCGAUUGGUAG